CGGGAUUUUUGUUGCGUGCUUUCGUUUCUGGAUAUGGCUGCAGCAUUAGAUGGGUGAAAUAACGUCACCGGCAGAUUAACUUUGACGCCUCACCAUGUCCUCAGAGAAUACCAUGGAUGACGAGGAUACGUUUAAGAUUCUCAUUUCAACCGAUGUACAUCUGGGAUAUCUUGAGAAGGAUGCUAUCCGUGGAAAUGACUCUUACAACACACUGAAGGAGAUCUUAGAAUAUGCCAAGAAAUAUCAGGUGGACUUUAUUCUACUGGGUGGAGAUUUGUUCCAUGAGAAUAAGCCGUCUCGACGCUGCCUUCAUACCUGCAUAACCAUGCUAAGACAGUAUUGUAUGGGAGAUACUCCGAUUCAGUUCAAUAUUCUCAGUGAUCAGACUGUAAACUUCAAUACAACCAAAUUUCCAUGGGUAAAUUAUCAGGAUGAAAAUUUGAACAUCUCCAUUCCUGUGUUUAGCAUUCAUGGUAACCAUGAUGACCCUACAGGAGCUGAAGGGUUGUGUGCUUUGGAUUUAUUAAGUGCUUCAGGUCUGGUAAAUCACUUUGGUCAUUCUCAGUCAGUGGAAAAAAUUGAAAUUAGCCCCAUUCUAAUGCAGAAAGGGAGGACAAAACUAGCCCUGUAUGGCCUGGGAUCCAUACCAGAUGAACGCCUCUACAGAAUGUUUGUAAAUAAUCAAGUAACAAUGCUUCGUCCUAAAGAAGAUCAAGACAAGUGGUUUAAUCUCUUUACCUUGCACCAAAACAGGAGUAAACAUGGGCCUACAAACUACAUUCCUGAGCAGUUUCUUGAUGACUUCAUUGAUCUAGUCGUGUGGGGCCAUGAGCAUGAGUGUCUCAUCACUCCAUUAAGAAAUGAGCAGCAGCUUUUUUAUGUGACACAGCCUGGCAGCUCUGUAGCAACCUCCCUUUCUCCAGGAGAAGCUACCAAAAAACACAUAGGUUUGCUCCGUGUCAAUGGUCGCCAAAUGAAUAUGAAAAAACUACCCCUUAAAACAGUGCGCCAGUUCUUUAUUCAAGAUGUGGUUUUAGCUGACUACCAGGACAGAUUCACCCCAGAUACACCCCAUGUCACAAAGAAAGUGGAGGAAUUCUGCUAUGCAAAAGUCAAUGAGAUGCUGGAGGAAGCAGAAAGAGAAAGGUUAGGGUGUCCCAUGACCCCAGAGAAACCUUUAAUUCGACUCAGAGUUGAUUACAGUGGAGGAUUUGAGGCCUUCAACACUUCUCGCUUCAGUCAGAAGUUUGUUGAUCGUGUUGCUAAUCCAAAGGAUGUCAUUCACUUUUUAAGGCGACGAGAGCAGAAAGAGGACAUUAAAGAUGAAAUCAAUGUUGACUACAACAAAUUGGUGAAGAAUACAGCAGCAGAAGGGCUCAGAGUGGAAGAUUUGGUAAAAAAAUAUUUUGAAGCAGCAGAGCAGACUGUACAGCUGUCUCUGCUGACUGAGCAGGGCAUGGGAAAAGCUAUACAGGAAUUUGUAGAUAAAGAUGAAAAAGAUGCCAUAGAAGAGCUGAUUUCAUAUCAGCUUGAGAAGACACAGCGGCACCUACUGGCCAGAGGAGUAACUACAGAACAAGACAUUGAUGCAGAGAUAAAGGUAUUCAGAGACCGCAAAAAAAACACAACAGAAGAAGAGAAUGAUAUUAAAGAAGCCAUGAGCAGAGCUAAAGCCCAUCGGCUGGAGCGUGGGGAUGACCGCGAUGAUCGCAUGUCUGAUGGUGAUGUUGCUAUGGACUCUGAUGAAGGUUCCAGCCCAUUCCCACAGCCCACUAGAGGUAGAGGGCGCGGAGCAGGCAGGGGCAGAGGUGGACGGGGAAGAGGGAAAGGUGCAACUGUCUCAGAACCCAAACCAGCAAGUCGUGGCCGUGGUCAGAAAUCAACUCAAAGCAGAAGUAUAAUGCAAGCAUUUCAGGCUACAUCUCAGAGAUCAUCACGGCCUGACUCUUUUGCAACAGAAGAUAUAAGUAUUGACGAUUCAGACGAAGAUAUCCCUGUCACAAAAACAACACGACCAACUUCAAAAGCCUCCUCAUCUUUUGCAAAGUACAGCAGCCAAUCUCAAAGUCAGAGCCAGUCAUCUAAAGGGGUUUUCUUUGACAACAGUGAUGAUGAUGAUGAUAAUCCCUUCAAAGGAUCAAGCCACCGUGGAAAAAGAUAAACUUAAGUUCUUUUAUAAUGUUCAUGUUCUUAGUUUGGCACAUCUGGAGGUCAGUGUUUAAAUACUCAUGUUUUCCACAUUUAUAUCUAAUAAAUGAAUGUUUUAUGUAACAUUUAAAAAAUAAAUAAAGUACUUCAGAUAAA